AGUUUCGAUUUGGCUCUUCAUUUUCCUGUAUGAGACGCCGGCUGCUGUCAGUGUCAGAGACAUAUACAAGGAGAUAUUAUAUAUAUAUACAGUAUAUAUUUGUACAGCAAUAUAGUUGGUGAAUGGAAAAUUACAACGUUUAAUCUGACGUCUGCUGAAAAUGGCUGAAGACGGGGGUCAAGUCGUGGUUAGUGUUGUUCCUGGUGAGGAUCAGCCCAAAGAUAGGUUCAAGAAGAGUCAAGAUGUUGCAUUUUACAGGCGACAGAUGCAAGGUCCAGAUAUUAAGCACCGAGCUCUUCUGGACACCUUGGUGCUCACAGAGAAGGGAGCACGAGUCGAACUGCAGGAGUGUGACACUCAGACAAAGCUUCUUUUGCUGAUUUCAUCUUUUAAAAAUGAUACCGUGAGAAUAUCGAUAGAUGAACUGCAGCCCAUUCGAGCGCGGUACAGAGUUCAGGAUGUGAUCACAGCAGAACCCCAGUGUGAACAGUUAAGAGUAGAGAAGCAGACCAAGGACUCUGUCACCUUCACUUGGUCGUCAGGACGUCACAAGAUCUCUGUGUGGCGUUUUCCUUUCAGACUAGAGAUCCUGUGUGAAGGUGAACAGCUGCUCACCUUUAAUUCUAAAGAAAAGCUGUGGUUUGAGGCCCUGCAGCAUCCACCCAGUGACUCAUAUCCUGGCAGUGAGGAUUCACCGUGGAAAGAAACUUUCAAAACCUUUGUGGACAUCAAAGCUAAUGGUCCCAGCAGCGUUGGUGCGGACGUCCGUCUCCAUGGCUUCAGUCACCUGUACGGUCUUCCAGAACACGCUGACAGCCUGCAGCUCAAAGACACCAGAGAUGGUGAACCCUAUCGUCUCUACAACCUGGACGUCUUUGCUUACGACCUGCACAGCCGCCUGGGUCUGUAUGGAUCCGUGCCAUUGCUGGUCGCCCACAAACCCCACAGAACUCUGGGAGUGUUCUGGUUGAACGCAUCAGAGACAUUUGUGAACAUUAAUAGCAGUGACAGCCAGGAUGACCAAACACCCCCAGUUAAGAGACGGAGGACACAGCCUCUGACAGACGUCCACUUCCUGUCAGAGAGUGGUGUCAUAGACUGCAUGGUUCUGCUGGGACCGAGUCCACAGCAGGUCUUCAGACAGUAUGCCCAACUGACGGGUACACACCCAGUAUUCAUUCUACCUCAUUCUUCUAACCAUGUGGAAGUAAGACUUUAUGUAACACUCUUUUUUCCUGCUGUGUCAGGAUUCCAGGCUCUGCCUCCUCUCUUUGCCCUGGGGUAUCACCAGUGUCGCUGGAACUACGACAGCGAGGCUGAUGUCAAGUCUGUUGAUGCUGGAUUCGAUCUUCACCACAUCCCCUACGACGUCAUCUGGUUGGACAUUGAGCACACUGAUGGGAAGCGUUACUUCACUUGGGACCAUGUUCAUUUUCCUGAUCCUGCUGGAUUGCAGCGCCACCUGGAGAAGAAGAAGAGGAAGCUGGUGGUUAUUAAUGAUCCUCACAUCAAAGCUGAUCCUGAUUGGCCGCUGUUCUGUGAGGUCAGAGACGGAGGACAUUUUGUUAAAGACAGAGGAGGAGAGAUUUACCACGGCUCAUGUUGGCCUGGGAAGUCCUGCUACCUUGACUUCAGUAAUGCUGCCACCAGAGCCUGGUACUCCAAAUGCUUUGCUCUGCAAAAGUACAAAGGUUCCACUCCAUCUUUAUUUGUGUGGAAUGACAUGAAUGAACCGUCUGUGUUUGACGGGCCGGAGCAAACCAUGCCAAAGGAUGCAGUGCAUCAUGGGGGCUGGGAGCACAGAGAACUGCACAAUCUGUAUGGUUUUUACCAGCACAUGGCCACAGUUGAAGGUUUGAUGAGUCGCUCAGGAGGCUCACUGAGACCUUUCGUUCUUUCUCGCUCCUUCUUCGCUGGCUCACAGAGGUUUGGUGCUGUAUGGACCGGUGAUAACGUGGCCAACUGGGACUAUCUGAAGAUCUCCAUUCCCAUGCUUUUGUCUCUGAGUGUGGCAGGAAUUAUGUUUUGUGGAGCCGACGUCGGUGGGUUUACUCAGGAUCCAGACCCGGAGCUGCUGGUCCGCUGGUACCAGACUGCUGCCCUGCAGCCCUUUUUUCGGGGUCACUCUGCCAAAGAGACGAACCGCAGAGAGCCGUGGCUCUUUGGAGAGGAGGUCACUGAUAGAAUACGCACUGUAAUCCAACAGAGGUACUGUCUGCUGCCAUACUGGUACACUCUGUUCUACCAGGCUCACACAUCUGCUCUGCUUCCAAUCAGACCUCUGUGGGUGCAGUUUCCAACUGAACACACCACCUUCACUGUGGACCACCAGUACAUGAUUGGAGGAGCUCUGCUGGUCUCUCCUGUCACUGACCCUGGGGUUCAGGAAGUCCAGCUCUUACUUCCUGGAUCUGCUGAGGUCUGGUAUGACGUUGAGUCUUCAAAGGCCUACAGUGGAGGGAGGAUGCUGAGCCUUCCUGUCACCCUGGACACAGUUCCUAUGUUCCAGCGUGGUGGAUCAGUGGUCUGCAGGUCAACAGGGAGUGGUUCCUGCACAGCUGAGCAGCAGCAGCUACCUCUGUCACUCACGGUGGCUCUAAACUCUCAGGGAGCUGCUGACGGUGAGUUGUACCUGGACGAUGGCCACUCAUUCAGCUACAGAGACAGAAAGUCCUUCUGUCUGCGCAGGUUCAGCCUGCUGUCAGGACGUCUGCUCUGUCGUUCUGCCACUGACGAUGGGUCCUAUCACUGUGAUACCACUGUACGCUCCGUCACCAUCCUGGGUGUAAAGCGCCGACCGUCUGCGGUGACUGUGCUAAUGUCAGAUGGCAAGGAAACUCCUGUGGACUUUGAGUUCAAACAGACAAGCUGCCAGCUCACACUGAACAGUCUGGACCUCAGGGUGACCGUGGACUGGGAGAUACAGAUCACAGGUUAACUAUGGAUCUGGGCUUUUAGGCCACAAGAGGCUCUACUGUUAAAAAUAAAACCAGAUAUUUCAUGACUGAUUUCUUCUGAUAUGUGAAUGUUGGGCAACAUGUUUUGUGACAAUUGUCAAACUGAGAAUAAUUUCAAAGACCUCCUUGAACACUGAUCAUUAAACAUGAUUUUAACAUUUUUAA